UCAGUUCCUUUUCCAGCGAGGCUGAUUGACCAAUGAACGAACGCCAAGUCGUGUUUCUUUUACCAUUUCUUUCGUUUCACUUCCAUUCGUUAUUUUAUCUGUGAGCUAGAAUGCCAGUUCAGUCCAAAGACCUGUUGGCCUCACGAAUUCUGGUUUUUUAAAAGCUUGUUCCCACCCUUAGAAUCAGCGGUAACCAUGACAACUAAUGCCGCCGGCUGUUGCCGAUGGGUGGGGACACAAGUUUGACGUGGCUCUCGCCGAUUAGAGCUGCUGGUCGAAUGUUGGAUAAGAGAUUUUCCGUUUUUCCUUUCACUCCGUCGCUUGUCUGUGCGUAGUCAUAAGUAGACGUUUGUUUCGGCGUUGUCCAUUCCUUAGUUGCUUCCACAUAUUCAAAAUGAAGUUGUUACUGAUUUCCUGCCUGUUCAUCGUUGCUUCCACUUUUGCCGACGAACUGAAAAUCGACGUAAUUUCUGUACCUGACGCAUGCGAAUCCAAGUCGAAAAAUGGUGACAUCCUGUCAAUGCACUACACCGGAACGUUGCUGGAUGGCACUAAAUUUGACUCCAGUUUGGACCGCAACCAACCUUUCCAAUUCCAGAUUGGAGCUGGCCAAGUCAUUAAAGGAUGGGACCAGGGCUUGCUGGACAUGUGCGUUGGUGAAAAACGUAAACUGACUAUCCCCGCAGAGCUGGGCUAUGGAGAUAAGGGAGCUGGAAACAUCAUUCCUGGCGGUGCCACACUGCUUUUCGAUGUCGAGUUGAUGGGCAUCAACCAGGCCCCACCUCCCCAGAAUGUUUUCAAACAGAUUGACAGCGAUUCCGACAACCAGUUGUCGAAAGAAGAGGUGGCAGAUUACAUAAAAAAGCACAUUCCCCCAACUGAGAAAGCUGAAGAGGUCCCUGCUGAAGAAGGAGCACCGCAGCAGCAAGAUCCUCUCAAGAUCACUGAAGAGAUCUUCCAGCACGAAGAUCACGACCGAGAUGGCUACAUCUCGUUCGAAGAGUUCUCCGGACCCAAGCACGAUGAACUCUAAGUCUUCCAUUCUCGCACACAUUUGAUCCAGUUUAAAUCUCAGGUGAUGGGGUGUUGUUUUUGUUAAACCAGAUUAUUAUAUCUUUCACGUUGCGAUUCUCGUACUGAAGCUAAUUUACUUAACAGAAGUAACUCGGCCCGACGAGGAAUGUUGUACAAAGAAAACUAAUAAUAAAUCAUGACGUCUGCUCAUUCCAAAA